GUGGGAAUGUGGGCCAAGGAAGACAUUCCAGGGACUCUUCCAACUCUGCCCCGAGGGAGGCAGAUACUUCAGCAUUGUUUAGAGAAGCCAGGAGACUGCCAUCAUGGCGGGGAAGCCCACUCUUCACUACUUCAAUGGACGGGGCAGGAUGGAGAGCAUCCGGUGGCUCCUGGCUGCCGCUGGAGUGGAGUUUGAAGAGAAAUUGAUAGAAACUCCAGAAUACGUGGAUAAGUUAAAAAAUGAUGGGAGUUUGAUGUUCCAGCAAGUGCGUAUGGUUGAAGUUGACGGGAUGAAGCUGGUGCAGAGCAGAGCCAUUCUCAACUACCUUGCCACAAACUAUGACCUCUAUGGGAAAUCCAUGAAGGAGAGAGUGCUGGUUGAUAUGUAUUCAGAAGGUGUGGCAGAUUUGGGUGAAAUGAUCAUGCUUUUGCCAAUGUGCCCACUGGAUCAAAACGAUGCCAAGAUGGCCCAGAUCAAAGAGAGGACAACAAACUGUUAUCUUCCUGCAUUUGAAAAAGUGUUGAAGGGCCACGGACAAGACUACCUUGUGGGCAACAAGCUGAGCAGGGCUGACAUCCAGCUGGUGGAACUUCUCUACUAUGUGGAAGAGCUGGACCCCAGCCUUUUGGCCAACUUCCCUCUGCUGAAGGCCCUGAAAACCAGAGUCAGCAGUCUCCCUGCCGUGAAGAAGUUUCUGCAGCCUGGCAGCCAGAGGAAGCCUCCCAUGGAUGAGAAACGUUUACAAGACGCCAGAAAGGUUUGCAAGUUUUAA